UGAAGCGGCUAAAAGUGGCAGGACAACGAAAGACAAGUAAAUGUGGCUAAACAGCAAUUGGAACACCGUGACGAGUUUUAACGCCGCACCAACAAUGAAAUCCCGGCGUUUCCUGGUGGAUAAAAACAACUUUGCGGUGAGUAAUAAAAGAUGGUUCCGCUGAGAAGAUCGGUGUUGUUACUUUUGGCUUUCUUUUUAACAGAGACAUACGCAGAUAGGAUUGUUGGGGGUCAUGAGGUCGAGCCAUACUCCGUCAAGUAUCAGGCUUCUCUUCAGACCAAAGGGAAGCACUACUGUGCAGGAACACUGGUGCACCCUCAAUGGGUGGUGUCUGCUGCCCACUGCUGGAGACCGAGACAAAUAAUGACGGUGGUGUUAAGUGAACACAACCUGACUACAACAGAUGGAUUUGAGCAGAUCUUCAACGUAUCCAUGAUAUAUAUCAACAGUUUUAGCUCCCGGACGUUUGACAAUGACAUCAUGCUCCUCAAGCUAAGCGAACCUGCACAUCUUAACGCUAACGUUCAACCAGCCAAGUUGCCAGAUGUAAACCGGCCUCUGCUCAACGGUGACGUCUGCACGGUGAGCGGCUGGGGUGCGAAGGCAGCGCAAAGCUUCGCCCUUUCUCCUGUGCUACGAGCUGUGGACAUCAAUAUCAUAACUUAUUGCUCCUAUUACUACUGGGGUAUGAUCACCUCAAAUAUGUUAUGUGCUGGAUCUGCAACGGGAGGAAAAGAUUCUUGCCAGGGUGACUCAGGUGGUCCCCUCAUCUGCAAUGGCUACCUGGAGGGCAUAGUGUCAUGGGGUAUCAGCUGUGCCAACCCCCGCUACCCAGGAGUCUACACCAAAGUGAGGAACUAUUUGCCUUGGAUCAAUGGGAUUAUUGAAAACGGAUCAUAAAUACACGGGUAUCUUGAGUUGGAUCACCGAUGCCAAUUAUGAUUUAUCAGUCAGUAGCCAGUAACCAUGCAAUAUAAUGUAAACAAAUACACUUUUAGCUUGGAAUGUAUGAAUUGAGAAUGUUUUUCCCUGAUAAACCUGUUUUAUUCAUUCA